AGAAGUACAAAGAUGUCUUCUGUGCCCUAUAGGUCUGACAGAUGAGUUCAGAUAGAUACUUACAUCUUUGAUAUUCAGGAAGGUCUUUCAAUGUUACUCAAAGAUAAAAACUAAAGAGAGACGGAUUGUUUCCUCAACACCACAGUCGGGUGUACACACAAGAGGAGCAGUCAUGGUCAUCAGAAGUUUGCUGCACAGAGCCGCUCGUGCAAGAAUCACACUACUGAGGGACCGACAGAAGAGAUGCUCUCGAAUCUGGAGAACGAUUCACCACUGCUCAGCUUUAGUUUACAGAGAACACUCACAUGACUUUGACACUGUGAGGAUGGAGCAGGUGUUGUUGCCUCCAGUGGGAGAUGGCGGUGUGAGGGUGCACAUGCUGGCAGCACCCAUCAAUCCUGCAGACAUCAACAUGAUCCAGGGUACAUACCCGAUCUUGUGUCCCCUCCCUGCAGUGGGCGGGAAUGAGGGUGUGGCAGAGGUGAUAGAGGUGGGCAGUGAUGUAACAGUGCUGAGGCCUGGUGAUUGGGUCCUGCCCAUAGAUGCUUGCUUUGGUACAUGGAGGACAGGUGCAGUGUGUGAAGAGGAUGAUCUGAUCUCUGUAUCUAAAGACAUCUCUCUGCUGGAGGCCGCUACAGUUUUCGUGAACCCCUGCACUGCAUACAGAAUGCUGCACGACUUUCAAACACUCACUCCUGGUUGUACUCUGAUUCAGAACGGCUCUAACAGUGCAGUUGGACAGGCUGUGAUUCAGAUCGCUGCAGCACUGGGCCUGAAAACAAUCAACAUCAUCAGAGGCAGGCCAAACUGUGCAGAGUUGAUUGAGGAGCUUCGGUCACUGGGAGCUGAUUAUGUCAUCACUGAAGAGGAAGUGAUGUCAUCAGGGCUUUGCCAAAUCUUUGAGGAAGUCCCUAAACCUAAACUGGGUUUGAACUGUGUAGGUGGCUUGAGUGGAGGACUUGUGUUGUCUAAUCUUGAGUAGGUUUCAUAUUUUGAAAGGAAUAGUUCAUCCAAAAAUGAAAAUUUCUAUAAUAAUUUACAGUACUCGAGCGGUAUGACUUUUUCUUCAACAUACAAUUAAAAAAAAGCAACCAGUGACCAGGUGCUUUCUAGCUCCAAAAAGGGAAAAAAGCACCAUAAAUGUGUAAGUCAAGUGACUCGUGUGCUAUAUACAGUGGCAAGAAAAAGUAUGUGAACCCUUUGGAAUUACCUACAUUUAUGUAUAAAUUUGUCUUAAAAUCUG